ACAGAUCAAUCAUUUAGGGUUCCAAUGUCGAAAAAGAAACGUUAAUCUGUGUUUUGAGAACUCAAAUCAAAAGAAAAGUAUUGGCAUAUUUUAAAGAUAAAUCGCCAAAAGAGAAGAAUGAGAAGAAGAUGAUCAACGAAGCGGUUUCAAGUUCAAAUGACGUCACAGCGUGGAUCUUUAAACACUUCAGCAAUAGUAAGACCUGUCAGAAUUACCUUGAACCGGAACUAACAUGGAGUUCCUCUGGAGCUUCUUUUUUCUUAUUACGACAGUGAGUGCUUGCGGCUAUCCCGGAUCUCCUGCUCAUUCCAGCAUUGCUUUUAACUCUGAGGUCAUUGUCCCUGGAACGGUGGCAACUUACACCUGCGACAGUGGAUUCGAAUUAUUAGGACCUGCCCGCCGAAUUUGUGCAACCAAUGGUACAUGGACACCCAUCGGAAUACCUUUCUGCGUUCUGAAUGUUGCAGUAGGAAAAGCACCAAUGCAAUCCAGUCUUUCUGGAAAUGGAAUACCUCAAAAAGCUAUAGACGGCAGCACCAGCACAUUUUUUAAUGCAGACACCUGCAGUAUGACUCAAACAGAGCGUUCGCCUUGGUGGUAUGUCAACCUCUUAGAACCUUACAUGGUUCAGCUAGUGAGAUUAGAUUUUGGAGCAUCAUGUUGCACUAAUAAGGCAACAAUUGUUGUAAGAGUUGGAAACAACCGACCUGAUUUGGGUGUUAACCCUGUUUGUCAUAAAUAUACUGGCUUUCUGGAAGAAGGACGUCCUCUAUUUCUACCUUGCACAACAGCAAUGCCUGGAGCAUUUGUGAGUGUAUAUUUAGAAGAUCCUCCAUCGAAUCAAUUAUCGAUUUGUGAAGCUUUUGUCUACACGGAUCAAGCCCUUCCAAUCGAGCGAUGCCCUUCGUUUCGAGAUCAACCACUUGGCAGUACUUCAACUUAUAAUGGCAAAUGCUACCUUUUCUACAACAACCAACCUCGAAACUUUUUAUCGGCAAGACGUUUCUGCGAAAUUCGAGGAGGAAAUUUAAUUGAUGAGAGCAGUCCUGCAUUACAAGGUUUCUUAAGUUGGGAAUUAUUCAGGAGACAUCGUAAUGAUCCUAAUGGUCAAUAUUGGUUAGGUGCAGUCAGAGAUCCUUCCAACAACAACUGGAAAUGGACCAAUGGACACGAUGUAACUAUCUCUUUUUGGAACUCUCCCGGGAGUAAAGAAAAUUGCUCAAGAUUUGACGGUUCUAGGGGAUGGCUUUGGUCUGAAACAAAUUGUAAUAUGAAUUUGAACUACAUCUGCCAACACAAGCCAGCAACAUGCGGUAAACCAGAACGCCCAGCUAAUUCUACAAUCAUUGCCAGGAAUUUCGAUAUAGGUUCUGUUAUUGAAUAUCGUUGUGAUGUUGGUCAUCUUUUAAUCGGUCCAAAUAUCAGAACGUGUUUGGCAACUGGUGUUUUCAGUGAAUUCCCUCCAAAAUGCCGUUAUUUGAAAUGUGGAUCACCUGCCCAAAUAGAUAAUGGCUAUUACCAGUUACUGAACGGCACUCAGCAUUAUCUAUCAACAGUACAAUACACGUGUAACGAAGGUCAUGUUCUAGUUGGUCGAGGAAGUCUGGUGUGCGAUGUUGACGAAAAAUGGAAUGGACCUCCACCUAGAUGUGAUCCAUUUUACUGUCGUCAACCUCCUCCUAUUCUAAAUGGUUACUCUUCCAUGUCUUCCAAUGCAACUAUCUUUGGAACAGUCACAAGAUAUUAUUGCAACGAAGGUUUUGAGAUAAAAGGAAAAAAUAGUAUAAAAUGUGUCGCCAGUGGUUACUGGGAUGGAGAGCCACCUCUAUGCUUAGCAAUAGAAGAAAAAUUAACUUAUGUACAUAGUUCAAGAAGUGAAGUUACCUCAACAACAAUGCAAAGUAAUGAAUCUUCUAUCGAAACUACAACUGGUUCAACAAUUCAUAAAUCAGCUGAAACAAACACGCCAAAGAAAAAUUUUACAAUAACAUCAAUGGAACAUAUUUCAAGUAACAUACCAAGUACUUUGACUGAUCAAGUUUCAUUUUUCACCAGCACCUCAACAAGUACUUUUUCCAAAAGCCGACCAUCCUGGACACCGCCACCCCUUGAAAUAAUUCCGAUAGAUGAUGAUUCAUUGAAUACACUUGACGAAUCUCCGAGUAACAGAAUUCCCAGUUAUCAAAAGCCUUCGGACAAAAGUUUAUAUUCAAAUCAGCGCACUACUUUAGAGAAUCAAAAUUCAGUUGUUACAGAAUCAACUAUGACACCAGACAUUCCUAUGGUUCUAGUGAAAAAUAAUGCAGGAUCUGAUAUCAACAAAAAAGUUAAAUAUGGCAAUAAAUUUGACGGAAAAUCAUUAAACAAUGCUCAAGCAAAACUAAAUAUGGGUGGAAUUAUCGCCUUAGGAGUAUUUGGGGGCUUCAUCUUACUUGCCAUUACUGUUACAUUGAUUCUCAUCUUUGUUCGCAGGACUAAAAAAGAUUCUGGACCGUCUGUGGAAACUUCAACAACCUAUGAUAACAGCAGUGGUGCAGAAAAUGGGCUUCACAAGUUUUACAAGAGAGCUUGGGAAAACCUCCGUUAUGAUGGAAAAAGUUCUGCAGGUGGUUUGGAUAAAUCUUAUUUACCUAUUACGUUACAAGAAACGCUUGAUGGCAAUAAUGGAAGGGGUACUAUUGAAGGUUUUCGUGAUGCUAGUGAAAUUACUGUAAAUGACGUGGCAGCCCUAUAUACACGUCCUGAUAAAAAACAUUCUGAUGAAAGGGAAGAGAGCCCAGACAGAAAUAAAAAAGCCAUUAGACAAUGGUACAGUCAACAACUGGGACAUCAUUCCAGAAGAGGAGCUUUCUGAUUCCAUUUAUUUUUAUUUCAUAUUCAUGCUUGCUCUUUAAUGUCAAUGUAGCACAAAGUCUCCUAGUUGUCUGGUCACUGAAAUUAAAUUACAUUUUAUGAAGCAUAUAAAUUUAUCAAAAAAUGAAUUUGAAAAUUUAUGUUAAAAAACCAGUAACAGAACGAGUGAUUACUAUUGAAUCUGCAGACUAUUUAUCAAAAAAACUAGUGGCAUAUCGAAUGAUUAUCAUUGCAUCUGCAGAUUAUUUAUCAACAAAAAAAAAGUAGCAGAUCGAGUGAUUAUCAUUGCAUAUGCAGAUUAUUUAUCAAAAAAAAAAAGUAGCAGAUCGAGUGAUCAUUAUUGCAUCUGCAGAUUAUUUUUAAACUAAAUUUUUUUUUCAUUUUUAAAAAGGGGGUAAAUAGCUGAUAUUCUUUUUUUAAAAGAUCUCUAAACUUAGUACUAAUAAAAAUUAAAAAGCUGAUUUUAGAAAACACCACAAAGAACAAAAAGUAGAUAAUAGUUUACAGUUACUUGAUUACAGGUUUAACUGUGUAAGGAUUUCUUUAAUUUUUUUUAAUUUAAAAAAAGGAGGAAAAAAAAAGAAGUAUUUUUAAAAGAAAAAGAAUAUUUUAUAAAAUUUAACUUAAAUUAAAAGUUAUGUGUAAUUUUUAAGGAGCUUAUAUUUGAAAAUUUCGCUAUAUGUACACUACCCUUCAAUAAUGGAAGAGACACUUUCAGUUUUUGACUUUUUUUUUUAAAUUUCUCAAGAAAGACUUGGAGAAAUAUUUUGUAACUUCUAGAAGUUCGCGCAAUUUUGCAUACUUACCAAUAAGAUUUAAAACUUUCAGAGGUUUCAGGCACCAACAGUAAAUUAUGAAAGAAAACAUGGAUUUUUGAAUACUCUAUGCCAGAAAUUUAAGCAUAAACUUGUAACUUAUAUCGAUUACUUCGGUUAUUUACAAUAACUGCAUAAAAUUUCAUAAACUUAACUUAAAUAUUUAUUUUUCCAACG